ACUGUCCAUGGCUGGUGAUGUGACAGCCAGUGACAGGAAGGACCAGCCUCCAAGUGACCACCACCUGUGUGUCUGUCUGUCCAUCCUGCUGGUACUGUGGCCUCCACCAUCUGCUCAGCUGAGGCCUCCGGGAGAAGACACCAUGACUCCCACCCUAAGGGUCCUGCUCUGCCUCGGGCUGAGUGUGGGCCUCAGGACCCCCGUGCAGGCAGGGCCCCUCCCCAAACCCACCAUCUGGGUUGAGCCAGGCAAUGUGAUCCCCUGGAGGAACCCUGUGACCAUUUGGUGUCGGGGGACCCUGGAGGCCCAGGAGUACCUUCUGUAUAAAGAGGGAAGCCCAGUGCCCUGGGACAGACAGAAGCCACUGGAGACUGGGGACAAGGCCAAGUUCAUCACCACACACAUGACAGAGCUACAGGCAGGGAGAUAUCACUGUUACUAUACCAGCCCCACUGGCUGGUCAGAGCGCAGUGACCCCCUGGAGCUGGUGAUGACAGGAGUCUACAGCAAACCCAGCCUCUCAGCCCUGCCCAGCCCUGUCGUGACCUAUGGAGAGAACGUGACCCUCCAGUGUGGCGGAUGGCAGGGAUUUGACAGGUUCAUUCUGACUAAGGAAGGAGAUCACAGGCUCUCCUGGACCCUGGACUCACAGCCCAGUGGGCGGUUCCAGGCCCUGUUCCCUGUGGGCCCUGUGACCCCCAGCCACAGGUGGAGGUUCAGAUGCUAUGGCUGCUACAGGUACAGCCCCCAGGUGUGGUCACCAGCCAGUGACCCCCUGGAGCUCCUGGUGUCAGGUGAGUCUGGGAAGCCCUCCCUCCUGAGCCAGCAGGGCCCCAUCGUGGCCUCUGGACAGAGCCUGACCCUCCAGUGUCGCUCUGAUGUUGGCUAUGACAGAUUCGCUCUGCACAAGGAGCGGGGACGGGACCUCCCCCAGAGCCUUGUCCUGCAGCCCCAGGCUGGGCUCUCUCAGGCCCACUUCCCCCUGGACACUGUGAGCAGAUCCCACGGGGGCCGGUACAGAUGCUACGGUGGAUACAACCUCUCCUCUGAGUGGUCUGCCCCCAGUGACCCCCUGGACAUCCUGGUGGCAGGAUGGCUGCCUGACAGACCCUCCCUCUCGGUGCUGCCAGGCCCCAGGGUGGCCUCAGGAGAGAACGUGACCCUGAGGUGUCAGUCACAGAGCCCGAGGGACACGUUCCUUCUGUCCAAGGAGGAGGCAGCCGAUCCCCCCCUGCGUCUUACAUCAAGGCAUCGAGGUCGGCAGUACCAGGCAGAGUUCUCCAUGAGUCCUGUGACCUCAGCCCACGGGGGCACCUACAGGUGCUACAGCUCACACAGCUCCUCCCCCUUCCUGCUGUCACUCCCCAGUGAGCCCCUGGAGCUCCUGGUCUCAGGUGAGGGCCCCUGACCCUGUCUGCUGAGCUGUGAGCUCAGGGUCCUGUCCCCAGAACAAUCAUGGGCUGAAAGGGAGGGAGGGACUCUAGGGAUGGUCACCCAGAGGAGAUCUGCC